UGAAGCCAGAUCUGCUGUCCUGUUGGGCAAAGGGGCAGGGAAUGGGAGAGCGAGAGGAAGCUCACCAUCCUGACGGAGGGCCCAGCCCUGGGACUGAACUUGAGGACAUGAUGCAGGGAGGAGGCAGAUGAGUAGUGGGACCUUGUGCCCUCGGGCACCAUCCUGCCCCUGAUAGGCCAGGAUGUGACCCCAACCAGAGGCCAGGUUGCCAGGGGAGGGCCAUGGGAAAACAUGGGGGUCAGAGGUCAUCCUGGGGCCUCCAUGGGUGGGGCGAGCUGGACUCAGGCCUGGGCUCUGAGGUCAGCAAAGCUAUGAGUCCAGGAGUGGAGUGGCUUCUAAGUCAGAGCCCAGCAUCUGGGGUCUCCAGGGUGGCUUUUGUCCCCUCCCUGGGCAGGGGCAGACACUACUGAGAGUGCUCAGGAAAUGCCAAAGGCCAGUCCAGGUGUCUUGGGCUGCUCCAACCCACACCGUCCACCUCCCUGACCCCAGGCCUGGGGGCCCAUGUGGUUUCCAGACAUGCCCUGUGUGGGCCUUCACUGUUGUCCUUGAGUAGCUCAGACUCCCAUGAGGACAGUGGUGAACAAGGCAGGAAUAAAGACCCAUGUUUCAGGUCAUCCAGCCCCUUCCUGGCAAGAGUGAGAGUUCUGAGUUCAGUCUCCAGUGUGCCACUCACUAGCUGUGUGGCCCUGGACAAGUCGCUGACCCUCCCUCUGAUAGGCCGUCCACAAGUCAGUUGGUGAAGCCGGGAGAGGCUGGAUUCCGAAAGAGCUGGACCUUGUUGCCCAAGAUGGCUCCGUGUGGUUGGCUGGCAUGCAGGCUAUAAAGCUGCCCAGGCUUGGCUCUCAGCACAUCCAGCUGCCUGACACCCUCCUUCAGCCAUCUCAAGGGACAUUCCCAUUCUGCCCACUGCUCCUUCCAGACAGUGCCAUGCGACCCCUGUGGCUCUGCUGCGCACUCUGGGUGCUGCCCCUGGCCGGCCCCGGGGCGGCCCUGACCGGGGAGCAGCUCCUGGGCAGCCUGCUGCGGCAGCUGCAGCUCAGCGAGGCACCCGUACUGGACAGGGCUGACAUGGAGGAGCUGGUCAUGCCCGCCCACGUGAGGGCCCAAUAUGUGACCCUGCUGCAGCGCAGCCACGGGGACCGCUCCCGCGGCAAGAGAUUCAGCCAGAGCUUCCGAGAGGUGGCCGGCAGGUUCCUGGCGUCGGAGGCCAGCACGCACUUGCUGGUGUUCGGCAUGGAGCAGCGGCUGCCGCCCAACAGCGAGCUGGUGCAGGCCAUACUGCGGCUCUUCCAGGAGCCGGUCCCCAAGGCCGCGCUGCACAGGCACGGGCGGCUGUCCCCGCGCAGCGCCUGGGCCCGGGUGACUGUCGAGUGGCUUCGCGUCCGCGACGACGGCUCCAACCGCACUUCUCUCAUCGACUCCAGGCUGGUGUCCGCCCACGAGAGCGGCUGGAAGGUCUUCGACGUGACCGAGGCCGUGAACUUCUGGCAGCAGCUGAGCCGGCCCCGGCAGCCGCUGCUGCUACAGGUGUCGGUGCAGACGGAGCAUCCGGGCCCGCUAGCGUCCGGCGCCCACAAGCUGGUCCGCUUUGCCUCGCAGGGGGCGCCGGCCGGGCUUGGGGAGCCCCAGCUGGAGCUGCACACCCUGGACCUCGGAGACUACGGAGCUCAGGGCGACUGUGACCCUGAAGCACCAGUGACCGAGGGCACCCGUUGCUGCCGCCAGGAGAUGUACAUUGACCUGCAGGGGAUGAAGUGGGCCGAGAACUGGGUGCUGGAGCCCCCGGGCUUCCUGGCUUAUGAGUGUGUGGGCACCUGCCAGCAGCCGCCGGAGGCCCUGGCCUUCAAGUGGCCGUUUCUGGGGCCACGACAGUGCAUCGCCUCAGAGACUGCCUCGCUGCCCAUGAUCGUCAGCAUCAAGGAGGGAGGCAGGACCAGGCCCCAGGUGGUCAGCCUGCCCAACAUGAGGGUGCAGAAGUGCAGCUGUGCCUCGGAUGGGGCGCUCGUGCCAAGGGGACUCCAGCCAUAGGCGCCUGGUGUAGCCACCGAGGGACUUGACUUGUGUGUGUUUCUGAAGUGUUCUAGGGUACCAGAAGAGCUGGCGAUGACUGAACUGCUGAAGAACAAAUGCUCUGUGCUCUCUAGUGAGCCCUGAAUUUGCUUCCCUUGACAAGUUACCUCACCUAGUUUGUGCUUCUCAGGAAUGAGAAUCCUUGGCCACUGGGGAGCCCUUGCUCAGUUUUCUCUAUUCUUAUUAUUCGCUGCACUAUAUUCUAAGCACUUACAUGUGGAGAUACUGUAACCUGAGGGCAGAAACCCCAAUGUGUCAUUGUUUACUUGUCCUGUCACUGGAUCUGGGCUAAACUCCUCCACCACUAUGGACCUAAGACCUGGGGUUAAGUGUGGGUUGUGCAACCCCAAUCCAGAUAAUAAAGACUUUGUAAAACAUGAAUAAAACACAUUUUUUUCU